CUGGAUGAGGUUCAGAUGUAAAAUGACAUUUUUUUAUCCCUACAUUAAUUCUUACUGAACCCACGCAAAAUUAGGGCGACAACACGAAAUCCUCUUCUCAAAUCGAAGAAGUAGAAGAAGAAAACUCUCUCUCUUCUCUCGUUUCGUUUCAAUCCUUACACUCCAAUUUCGCUUCCAUUCCCUUCCCUUCCCUUUCGCUGUCCUGCAAAGCUCCGGGCUUUACCAUCUUCUUCUCUUCAUCUUCGGGUACUCUCUCUUUUCUCUCUUCCGCUCUCUGAUUUCUCUCCUUUAUCAUUUCCCCAAUUUGAUAUUUUUGCCGGCCACUCCGUUCUGUGGUUACUCUAUCGCGAUUUUGUUCCCUUGUUCAAAUGGGUGAUUCGAGAAUCGAAUUCAUAGCCCGAAAACUUGGGUCGAAUGCUUGCAUGAAAUCGUUCCCGCUCGCGGGCAAUUCGUCAAUAAAAUCUGGAAGAUUUCAAAGGACUUAGGCGCUAGUUUUGGCCUCCCUCCCUCCGCCAUAACUGUAACUUGUAAAUUUGUUAAUGAUAUCUGGCCAAGAAAUCGCUAUGCCGCUAAUGAAUGGAGUAGAGUUAACUGGACCUUAAAAAUGAAAACUUUGCUCUUUGUUCCUUCCGGGUUUUUCUUUUUGUGGGAGUAUGCAGAGUAUGAUGGUAGCACUACGUUGUCUUCACUGGUUUUAUACUUGUUGAUUGAGUAAACCCUGUUAGGAUGGUGUGUUGGAGGGUAAUACUAGGAUAGUAGAAAAGUAAAGUGAAGUCUCUAAGCUGAAUCUUAAGAGGCAGAACUACUUGAUGAAGCUAGAAUAUUUAUAUAAACAGGUUCGGAAAAAAAUGAGCUUCGUAUAGAAUGUAUUGUCAUUCACCAAUACUCUUGACUCCGAAUAAUCAUUCUUUGCUUAGAGGCUGGCGUAACUUGUAUGUUUUAACUUGGUUAUCUUUGGAUGACAAUUGGAACGGUUCACUUUCCUAUCAGUUAGAUUGUAAUUGAACAAUGCUAAUAUUUAUACCUCUCUCCUUAAUCCUAUUGAAUGAUUAGUUAAUUUUCUCCAUGGUGGAAGCAGUAUGAAUGUUAUGUUAGUUCACACGGUUCAUGACUUGAAAAGAAUCUUUGAGUUACAUGUAUCCAAUCUUUGCUUUAUGGUUUCAUCUUGUGACGGUGCUAGAAAUUAUUGUGCUGUGAUUGAACGACAUAGAUAUCGGUUAAGUCGGACCGUUUUGUGGACCUGUGGUUUGACUCUCCUUUUGCAUCUGUCCUACUCCUUUCUAGUUCAGCAAUUGACUAGUAAAAUGGUCAGACACCAAAAUUUUGUUAUGCCACUGUACGCUUUAUUAUUAUGCCUGAAAUAAUAUUUUUUGUUGUUGUUAAGUGUAAUUCAAGUGUUGCUAUAUCUUUUGUUAUUCUGUCUUAUAGACCUGUUUAAUGAUUAAACUUGUUCCCUUUUUGGGCAGUGUUCAUGUUCGGAUUUCGAGAAAUACAUUUUCUUGAUGUCUUUCCCCUCCUUCAUAACCCUUAUAAUCAUUAUUCUGAAAUCUCUUUGCCUAUCUCUAUAAGUACCAUGAGUAAUGUUAUCAUGAUUCCUUCUGUAGACUUGAUUUACAUUGCAACCAACCCAAGUCUUUUCUCUCAUGCUCAAUUGAAAAUCAUACACUCUGAAAACCUUUUUCCCUUUCAUUUCCUUUCCUCCUAUCAAUAUGUGUAUGAAGUCCCAUGAACUCUUCUCGCCUAUGUACCUUCUUCACAGUUCCCUUCCAAGCUUGCCUAUUUUAAAAAUAUAAGAUGCCAACUGAAGGGGGCAAUGCAUCAGCAGUUCCGAACCUAGGAGAACCCAUCGACUCUGAUGAGAGAAUUGAUCUAAAUGAAGACAAUGAUCCUGAGGAGGCUAUGGAUGAAGAGGUUGAAUAUGAGGAAGUUGAGGAAGAAGAAGAAGUGGAAGAAUAUGUAGAGGAGGAAAUAGAGGUGGAAGAGGAAGGAGAAGAAUCAGACAAUGAUAACAAUGAUAUUGCUAAUCAUGGUGGUGGGACAAGAAGUGAAUAUGAUGAUGAAAAGAAAAAGCAUGCUGAACUUCUUGCCCUCCCUCCUCAUGGUUCUGAAGUAUACAUUGGAGGCAUUCCUCAUGAUACCACACAGGAGGAAUUGAGAGGUUUUUGUGAAUCUGUAGGAGAUGUUCACGAGGUACGCAUGAUGAAGGGAAAGAAUUUAACUGACAGUAAGAUUUUUGCCUUUGUGACCUUUACAAGUGUGGACUUGGCAUCAAAAGCCAUCAAGGAGCUGAAUAAUUCUGAAUUCAAGGGUUCAAAACUCAAGUGUUCCACAUCUCAAGCUAAGCACCGAUUGUUCCUUGGAAACAUUCCUAGGAGUUGGGGAGAAGAAGAGUUGAGGAAGGCUGUGACAGAGGUUGGGCCUGGAGUUAAUGCCAUUCAACUGGUGAAGGAUCCAAGGAACAUCAGCAACAACAGAGGUUUUGGUUUCCUAGAGUACCAUAACAAUGCAUGUGCUGAAUAUUCAAGGCAAAAGAUGUCAGAUCCAAAGUUUAAGCUAGGAGAUAAUACACCAACUGUGAGCUGGGCUGAUUCUAGGAGCACUAAUUCUGCAGCUGCAACUCAGGUUAAGGCAUUGUAUGUGAAGAAUUUACCAAAAGAUGUAACACAAGAUAAGCUGAAGAACCUUUUUGACUGUCACGGACAAAUCACAAAGGUGGUUUUGCCACCAGCCAAACUGGGACAGGAGAACAAUAGAAUUGGUUUUGUUCAUUUUGCCGACAGGUCCAGUGCUAUGAAAGCGCUGAACAGCACUGAAAAAUAUGAAUUAAAUGGCCAAACUUUGGAGUGCUCUCUUGCAAAACCUCAGGCGGAUCAGAAAGCUGUUGGUCUUUCAAACAUUCAGAACCCUGGUAUUCUUCCAAGUUUCCCACCCUAUGCUGGUUAUGGUUUGGGUGGGGCUGCCGCAUAUAGCCCUCUUGCCACAGGAUAUGGUGCUUCCCCCUUUGCGCAGCCGUUGUAUUAUGGCGGUGCACCAUCUCCUCCUGGCAUGGCAAUGAUGCCAAUGCUCCUACCUGAUGGCCAAAUUGGAUAUAUUCUGCAACAGCCGGGCUUACAGCAUCAUCAUAUGACGCCUUCACAUCUGGCGAUGAAUAGUAGAAGUAGCAGCAGCAGUGGCGGCAGGGGGAAUAGAAGUGGUAGUGGUGGUAAUCCCAGUCGGGAUAAGCACAGCAACGAUGGCAGCAGCUACAGUCGCAGAUUUCGACCUUACUGACUUCUAGUGUUGUUUUUCCUUUGCAUCACAUUCUCCUCUUGUGCCGUUUUACAGUUUUCAACAAAUUAGAGUUAGAGCCCUAGCCUUUCUGUUUUUUUUUUUUUUUUGGCUAGCACAAUCAAAGCUCAGAUUUUAUCUAUGUUGCUGAGUUGUUUGUACGUGCUUGAUAACUUAUAUGCCCCAUUUCUUGGUUCAUUCAAUACUUCCAGUUAACUUUUCUACUGCCCCAGAAGCUGUACCUAGUCUUUUGAAAAUCGAAUGUAAUGCAAUUUGGAUUGUAUCUAUUCUACUGUACUUGUAUUGGAAUCAAAGAAAGGAUUCCUUGAUAGUUGAUUCCUUCCUAUCUCAUUGACAGCAAUAAGCAACAGCUAGAACUUUUAACAUCUCAAGUACACUGAUAGAAACCUGUAGUUGAGAAAAGAGAAUUGGAAAUUGAGAAGAAAGGGGAUUAGGGAUU